UGCGCACUGUGCGUCGGGUUGGAGACGGAACGCGCAGCGCAGACAGGGCGCACAAAACAGGCACAUACACCAACUUAGACACACGGACAGACGAACAGACGGACUCAUAGUGUAUCAUCCUCCCUGUGUGAGAAGGAGAUGGAGUUAAAAUAGGGGCACUGGACUGAAUGUUAGAGACUGUCGCUGUGGAUUUUCUCAACUUCGCGCCUCGACACUCAGAAGAGAAAAUGUGGAGAUACACCAAUUUGUUCGCCUGUCUGCUGGUUUUGUGUAAAGACGCGUCUUCACAGAGCAAGAUCUUUGGGGAGACUGAGCCUGUUCGGAUGACGUCAGAGGGUUCAGACUGCCGCUGUAAGUGCAUCAUGCGCCCUCUAAGUAAGGAUGCCUGCCUGCGGCUGCGGAGUGGCAGUGUACGUGUGGAAGAUUUCUACACGGUGGAGACAGUCAGCUCUGGAUCCGACUGUAAGUGCUCGUGCACGGCCCCGCCGUCCUCCCUCAACCCCUGUGAGAACGAGUGGAAGAUGGAGAAGCUGAAGAAACAGGCCCCAGAGUUACUAAAGCUCCAAUCUAUGGUGGACCUCCUUGAGGGAACACUUUACAGCAUGGAUCUAAUGAAAGUCCACUCCUACAUCAACAAGGUGGUCUCUCAGAUGAACACCCUGGAAGAGACAAUCAAGACAAACCUUACACGAGAGAAUGACUUUGUUCGGGACAGCAUGACAAGCCUGACCAACCAGUUUAAGAGAUAUGAGAAUUACUCCAACAUUAUGAUGAGCAUCAAGAAGGAGAUCUCCAGCCUCAGCCUGCAGCUGCUGCAGAAAGACUCCUCUGAGAGCAAAGCACAGGACACUAAUGGAGAGAAAACCAAGGAGGCUGUAAAAAUACCCAACAAAAAGACCCCUGGAGCCAAACCCCCACCCAAACCACCCAAAGAAAAGGUCGUAAAGCCCAAGAAAGAGGUCAUUAAACCUGGGAAGCCGCUCAAGCCUGACCCUACGGCCAAAGCCAAGGUGGUUGGCAACCAGCCUGGCGUGGUGAGGGGCAUCACAUACUACAAGGCUGCCAAGAACGAUGAGGAUGAGCACAGAGGAGACCAUUCUGCCAAAACAUACACGGUCCAUCACAUCACAGAAAACCAGUCAGAGGAGGGAGGAGCUGAAAUUGUCCUGGAAACCGUGGAGGCCACUGUGGAUGAACCCAUUGUCACCACUGCAGUUCCCACCACUACAACUACUGCCGCCACCACCACCACCACAACUACUACCAGCACCAUCACACCCACUACUAUCACCACACAAAGUACGCCAGCUUCUGAAAGACCAGCUCCAACCAUUGUGCUGGUUCUGGACAACUCCAACAACAACAGUCGGCCCACUCUCCACAGAGCAGGGAAGAUCCUCAACUGUGAGGGGACUGUAGCGUCCAUUGAGCAGCCAGAGAAGCAGCACAGUUAUGGGCGCAAUGAGGGAGCCUGGAUGAAGGAUCCUCUGGCUAAAGACUCCAAGAUCUACGUAACUAACUAUUACUACGGCAACAACCUGGUGGAGUUCCGCAACCUGGACAACUUCAAGCAAGGCCGAUGGAGCAACCUCUUCAAACUACCUUACAACUGGAUAGGCACCGGUCAUGUGGUUUAUAAUGGAGCCUUCUACUACAACAGAGCUUUCACCAAGAACAUAAUCAAGUAUGAUCUGAGAAUGCGAUACGUGGCGGCCUGGACGCUGCUGCAUGACGUGGUUUACGAGGACACCACCCCCUGGAAAUGGAGGGGCCACUCGGACAUUGACUUUGCAGUGGACGAAAGCGGCCUGUGGGUGAUCUACCCCUCCGUGGACUACGAUUACAACCAGCAGGAGGUGAUAAUCAUCAGUAAACUGGAUCCCGGAGACCUGACAUUGAAAAAGGAAACAACCUGGAGGACAGGUCUCAAGCGGAACUCCUAUGGGAACUGCUUCAUCAUCUGUGGUGUGUUAUACGCCGUCAAUGUCUACAACCAAAAGGAAGGUGAAGUAAACUAUGCUUAUGACACGCACACCAACACUGAAGCCAUCCCACGCCUGCCCUUCACCAACGAGUACGCCUUCACAACCCAGAUUGACUACAAUCCCAAAGAGAAGGUUCUGUACGCCUGGGACAAUGGCCAUCAGCUCACAUAUCGGAUUAACUUUGUCGACCAGUGAGUACAGCUCACAGCAGGACUGCCAGUGUGGCACUUUAAUAGAAAGAAGAAGCUCCGUAUUUGACAGCCUUGAAGCAGUCAUAUUGGACUCAACAGGACAAAGGAUGGACCUACACCAGCCUUCUAUUACCAAUGCAUGCGAUUCAAACAUCUGACCUCACAGUGUACCAAACAUACAUGCCUCAAAUGUGUAUUAGGAUGUUACUGUUACUGUCAGUAGAAUGGACAGCGGACAGGAGGAAAUAAUCUCACAGGUUGAGUUAAAGCUCAUCAGACAGAGCUUUAAAAAGUGGAGAGUGUUCUUUUACAAAAUGUCAGCUGGCUGGCUAACGAGCAGACAGAUAGAUGCUAUAAAUGGUAAGUUUAAAUUACAGGCAGCAUUUGUAACAGAUUUAUCACUAGAUGUCAUUUUGGUAGUUUCUGAGGCCUGAAAAACCAAAUCUGGGCAGAGACAUGAGCAGUGGCUGAGUGAGAUGGGCUCACAUCAGCCAAGCAGAUACUUUCCCAAACCUAAGUCUUAAUAUCUUUUUAAAGGUCCAGUGUGUAACAUUAAGGAUUGUUUAUUGUCAGAAAUGGAAUAUAAUAUUCAUAGGUAUGUUUCCAUUAGUGUACAAUCACCUGAAAAUAGGAAUUGUGUUUUUGUUACCUUGAAUGAACAGUUUUUAUCUAAAGAGGGAGUGAGUCCUCUACUACAGAGUCUGUCAUUUUGUCACUGACUGUAGGUGAUUUUGCGUGUUUGGCAGCCACUGUAGUUUCUCCCUCACAUUUGGAAGGCUGAGCUGUAUUCAAAUGGUUGCAAUCUGCAACUUCACCACUAGAUCCCACUAAAUCCUACACACAGGUCUUUUAAACACUUGGUUGGAACUCUUAAAGCCCCCUCCAGUCAGAAAUCCGUGUUUCUUCUUGUCCCUACAGUGUGAUGUUUGAAUGAUGUAUGUGCAGAGUUUGACACUAGAAGGAUGUUUUCACAUUCAUCUGCUGCCUACCAGCAUGAUUUGUGACAUCACAAAUAGUUUGGAAGUCAGUCCUGGUCCAGUAUCAACUUGUACAGUGUGAUGUAGAAACUUGAAGCCACCAGUGCACAUCCACUGAGAAUGGACUUUACAGUGAAGGAGGAGAUAUCUUGUGUCCAGCAGGAAAACUUUAGAAAUGAACAACAUUUGCAUAUUCUGAGAUUUUAAUGUGGAAAUAGUAGACUUUUUAUAUUUCUUAAUGCAUGUCUGGAAGGGAUCUUUAGGUUUUAGGUUAAAGGCAUACUAUGCAGUUUUCCGGUUUUGUCAAACAGCUACCCCUAGAGUCGCUGCGGAGUACUUGUAUUUAAUGUUAACUGUCGUGAAUACCACUCACCAGAGCCGUCUCUAUAUACGGCUCUGCGUCUCUGCACUCACGGCCUGAUCCCCUCCCCCCUGUAUACCGGUACAUGUUCAGUAGGAUGGAAGCGUCGGACAUCGACCAGGCAAAGAUAGACUCCGAAGAUGUCUACUGACCAGGUAACGUCUGAGUGAAUGCCUGCUAGUGUCUUCCAUUGAGGCUGCUUCUUAUGUCGCUGAUGUAUGUGACGUCGCUGUAAAGCAAUUUGUGAUUAUUGCAAGAUUUGGCAGGACGCCACCUUUCAGACUUGCAUUGCUGGUUCUGCCAACGGCGUCCCUCUCCUGCUUUGCUAUCGGGAUGAUUCGCUAUACUACGAGUUUGUUUACCAUCGAAAUGACUUCGAAGCUGUUAUAUUAAGGUAAAAAUCUUGCAUAGUAUGCCUUUAAGAUAAUCAAACUAGCUGACCUAUUAGUUAAUGUAUAUGUAAUGUAUUUAGCAACCAUCACCAGGAUUUCCAAUCUUAGGUACCUCCACUUUUAGCUUUUGCCUUUUAAGUGCUUCAAAUAUUUUCACACAGCUAGUGUUAUUUAGCCCCGCACCCCAACAUUUAACUCAACCAGUGAGAUUAUUUCUGCCUCCAGAGUAGUGAGAAAUGUUUGUAAAACUAAACUGUCAGCUAAGUAUGGCCCAUCUACUCCAUCCUAUCACCAAGCACUUUGAUCAUAAAUCUGCUUUGAUUAUUAUUCCGGCCUCAUGAUGCUUCCUGUCUCUUUACCAUUGAUGUUGUUUUGAGGGAUGUGUUGAACAUAAUAUGAACUCCAAAAAGAAGAUUUUUUUUAUAUAUAUGUACAUGAAUUCCUUUUACAUUAUCAUACAGCGUUUUUUCUAAUUUCCUGCAUCUUGUUAAAUCUUUAUGUUGUUGAAGAAAAGUAUGCAGCUUUUGUAUUGUUAAUAACAUUUCCAAAACCACUACAUUUGUUGUAAUUAUGAAGUAUUUAAAUAUUUUCACAGUAUUUCACACAUUAUUUUGACAGUACUGUGUGAGGCACAUAAUGGCAAUGGUAAGCUUUAAGACUCACUUUUUAAUGUUGUUUUGGUCUUGUUAACCAUAAAAGUUUCACAACCACAUUAUUUUUGCCUUUGCUUGAAUUAUCAGGAGUGUAUUGUUAAGUUUAUUCAUAAAAGGCGUGCUGAUUGUAAUAAAAUAAUUUGCAAUUGCAAGGUCUUCAUACAUAAAUAAUAAUGCCAUUAAAUGUAACACAACACUUGAAACCAGCUGUGUGUGUCUGUGCUAUGAAAUAAAAUUUCCAUUAUAAAAGUC